AGACAAGGAUUGCAAGCUACCCCAAACGUAUAUCCAUCCAUCUGUGCAAACUCCCUUAAAAACUCCUUAAUUUAUUGAGACGCCAGCCAGCCAGCCAUGCAUCUUCCUUCUCCCUCCCCUCUCCUCCUCAUCAUCUUCCUCCUGUCCUUAGCUGCGACCCUGCAAGGACAAUUAAGGCACAAACCCCAGAAGUACUUACCAACUCCAGCUCUCCCCCCUCCCCUCUCACUCCCUCUCUCUUCUCCCCCAUAUAAUCCCAAAGAAAGCUGCUGAAACCUAAAGCCGGUGGAAAGCUGCCUGCCUCCUCCCUCUCGUCUCAUCUCUCUCUCCUCCUUUGGUGUUGUCUCUGUAGCAGCUCACAAAAGGCAACUCCAAGACCCUUUCUUCCCUCCUCCCUCUCCUCCCCCUCCCCCUCCCUCCUUUCCACCUUUAAUUCCUUCCGAACGCUCGCUCUUGUUGUAGUAGAUCAUUAGCCCCCCUUCCUCCCAUUACCGCUCCCCCACAUCUGGUUGAUCUCUUCUCCCUCCCUAUAUAGGCAGCCCAACGCAUUCCGUUUCCAUCGUGUAGAUAGACUCUCUUGAUCAGGCGAGCUAGAGAGGGAAAGGAGGAUUCUCUCUCUCUCUCUCCUCUUCCGAGCGAGUUGCUGGCAAGGAAGCCAUGUUGGGCUCUUGCGCGCCGAUGGCUGGGCCGCCUACCGACGAGGAGACGGCGGAGCCGCCGUUCGGGUCGUCGUUGCAGAUCGCCACCGGCUCCCCCGCGACCAAGAGGAAACGCCGGCCAGCCGGGACACCAGACCCGGACGCGGAGGUGGUGUCGCUGUCGCCGCGGACGCUGCUGGAGUCGGACCGGUACGUGUGCGAGAUCUGCAACCAGGGGUUCCAGCGCGACCAGAACCUGCAGAUGCACCGGCGGCGGCACAAGGUGCCGUGGAAGCUGCUGAAGCGGGAGGCCGGCGAGGCGGCGCGGAAGCGGGUGUUCGUGUGCCCGGAGCCGAGCUGCCUGCACCACGACCCCUCCCACGCCCUGGGCGACCUGGUCGGCAUCAAGAAGCACUUCCGCCGCAAGCACAGCGGCCACCGCCAGUGGGCCUGCAGCCGCUGCUCCAAGGCCUACGCCGUCCACUCCGACUACAAGGCCCACCUCAAGACCUGCGGCACCCGCGGCCACUCCUGCGACUGCGGCCGCGUCUUCUCCCGGGUGGAGAGCUUCAUAGAGCACCAGGACACGUGCACCGCCGGUUGCCCGCAGGCGGGGCCGGGCGUGGCAGCGCCGGCGUGUGGAGUGGCGGCCGCCCCGUCGUCGCAGCAGCAGGCGCCGCCGCCGGCGAUAUCGCUCUCUCGGUCCCGGACAGCGUCCAGCACCAGCCCGUCCAGCGACGUCGUCAUCAGCGCCGUGACCUGGCCCGGCGCCGCGGCAAUGCGGAGCCCCAACGCCGCCGCGUUCCACCGGUUCGAACAGCAGGUGCCGUCGCCGCGCACGCCGCAGCCCGAUGGCCGUGGCGGUGGUGGGCACAACCUUGAGCUGCAGCUCAUGCCGCCGUCCAGCAGCAGCACGGGUGGUGCGUCUGCGCCUCUGGGCGUGGCGCCGUCGCGGUACGCAGCGCCACAGUCACCGCCGGCGCCCAUCUCGCAGGGAGACGACGCCGCCAUGCAGCUGCAGCUUUCAAUCGGCUUCUGCAGCGGCGACAGCCGUGGAAGGAGAGACGUGGGCGAGCCCAGCGGUGGCACCGCAGCCAGGACCAUGCAGGAGGCACGGGAGGAGCUGCGGCAAGCGAUGGCGGAGAAGGCCGCCGCGGACGAGGCACGCGCGCAGGCGAAGCGGCAGGGGGAGCUGGCCGAGCAGGAGCUGGCGAGCGCCAAACGCAUGCGGCACCAGGCGCAGGUGGAGCUGAGCCGCGCCCACGCGCUCCGCGAGCACGCCGUGCGGCAGGUCAACGCGACGCUGCUCCAGAUCACCUGCUUCAGCUGCCGCCAGAAGUUCCGGGCGGUGAGGCCGUCCGCCGCCAUGUCGUCGGAGGUGGCCUGCAGCUACGUGACCGAGGGCGGCGACGUCGAGGUCGACAACGUCGGCGAGACCCUCAUCCUCGACGGCAUGCGGCGGCGCCAACAACACGCCACAAUGGACACAGUGUAGCUAAGCUAAGCCAUCUUGGUCUACCUUUGAGUUGCUUUUUGUUUUCACCGGCGAGACGGCCGGCGGGGUUGGCCCACGGUGAGGCGUGGUGUAGUUAGAUGCUGCCGGAGUGUUUUGGGUCUUCUGAUCGAUCGAGCUGCAGAAAAAAGCUAAGCACGGCUGGGCUAGCUAGCAAAUUGUGACUUGCAUGGAAUCUUUCGCUUGUUUGCUUCCCGUUGGAUUUUGCUGAAAUGUCAUUAGUGCAGCUGGGGAGAGUUCAUGAUGCCA